GCAAGUAGCAGCAGAAGCACCACCACCACCACCACCACCACCACCAUCUUCCGUCCCUUCGGCCAGCAAGAACCACCAGUCAGUCAGGUACCUCAUUACCUACCUCCCUCAGUCAGGAAGCAGGUACACACGCCUCGCCUCCCAAGUCGAGUUCGGUACCUGAGUCCAGUCCUGGUGUGUGUGCGUCCCCUUUUUCUCUGGAACCGCUCGAAACCAGAAACCCAUAUCUACAGCAACGGCCACGGCUACCACCUCCCGCGCGACUUUUCUUUCCUCCUUCCUUUCUUUGCUGCCAAUCCUCAACUUCACUUUCUCUUCCCCCUCGGUGCAUCACUUGCUCCUUGAUCUUGCAAUUCUCCUCUUGUUGCCAGAUCUUCCUCCACAAGAGCCGCUCUCUUUCUGUUGCUGCUUCCCCAACACCUACACACAUCCCCCACCAUGGCUGACAUCAACGUUGACGUCUUGGUUAUCGGCGCUGGCCCGACCGGUCUCGGUGCUGCGAAGCGUCUGAACCAGAUUAACGGCCCCUCAUGGCUGCUUGUUGAUUCCGCCGAGAAGGCCGGUGGUCUUGCCGGCACUGAUACCACCCCCGAGGGUUUCCUCUACGAUGUUGGUGGCCACGUCAUCUUCUCCCACUACAAGUACUUCGACGACUGCAUCGAGGAGGCGCUCCCCAAGGAGGAUGACUGGUUCACGCACGAGCGUGUCUCCUACGUCCGCUACAAGGGCAUCUGGGUUCCCUACCCUUUCCAGAACAACAUCUCUAUCCUGCCCAAGGAGGACCAGGUCAAGUGCAUGAACGGCCUCAUUGACGCCGCCCUCGAGUGCCGUGUCGCCGACAAGAAGCCCAAGGACUUCGAUGAGUGGAUUCUCCGCAACUGCGGUGAGGGUGUUGCCAACAUCUUCAUGCGCCCCUACAACUACAAGGUCUGGGCUGUCCCCACGACCAAGAUGCAAUGCGCGUGGCUUGGAGAGCGUGUCGCUGCUCCCAACCUGAAGCUCGUCACCGAGAACGUCGUCAUGAACAAGGUUGCCGGUAACUGGGGCCCCAACGCCACCUUCAAGUUCCCCGCCCGCGACGGAACCGGUGGUAUCUGGAUCGCUGUUGCCAACACCCUGCCCAAGGAGAAGACCCGCUACGGCGAGAAGGGCACCGUCGAGAAGGUUGACGCCGAGAAGAAGAUUGUCACCCUCAAGGACGGCACCAAGGUCCAGUACGGCAAGCUCAUCUCCACCAUGAACGUCGACCAGCUCGUUGAGCGCAUGGGCAACCAGGAGCUCGUCAGCCUGUCCAAGGGUCUGUUCUACUCCUCCACUCACGUUAUCGGUGUCGGUAUCCGUGGCGCUCGCCCCGACCGCAUUGGCGACAAGUGCUGGCUGUACUUCCCCGAGGACAACUGCCCCUUCUACCGCGCCACCAUCUUCUCCAACUACUCUCCCUACAACCAGCCCGAGGCCGACGUCAAGCUGCCUACGCUGUACCUCGCCAACGGCGAGAAGGCCUCCUCUACCGAGGCCAAGGAGGGUCCUUACUGGUCCAUCAUGCUCGAGGUCUCCGAGUCCUCCAUGAAGCCCGUUGAGCAGGAGAAGCUCCUCCAGCAGUGCAUCCAGGGUCUUAUCAACACCGAGAUGAUCAAGCCCGAGGACGAGAUCGUCUCCACAUACCACCGCCGCUUCAACCACGGCUACCCCACUCCGUCGCUCGAGAGAGAGGGAGUCCUCAAGGACCUCCUUCCCAAGCUCCUCGACCAGGGCAUCUACUCCCGUGGCCGCUUCGGUUCCUGGAGAUACGAGGUCGGCAACCAGGACCACUCUUUUAUGCUAGGUGUCGAGGCCGCCGACAACAUUGUCAACGGCGCCGUCGAGCUCACGCUCAACUACCCCGACUUCGUCAACAGCCGCAAGAACGAGGAGCGUCGCCUUGCCGCGUCAUUCGCCUUCGGCUCCCAGGCCAACGGCAUCCCCUCGCACAGCAAGUAAGCCUACCACGUGGUGGCGGAAGCUGUUAGAAAAGGAGGCAAAGAAUUGCAUUGAUUUUUCAAGUCUUGUUGCUAUAAAGCAAUAGAAAGAAGCAUGAGCAUGACCAAUGGAAGGAGGCAAGCUCAGGAAAAAGGGAGCUGCUUUUGGCUAAGCAUAAAGAGAAUACCUGGGAGUUUUUACGAUGUUGAAUUGGGGCGGGG